AUGCGCUUCUCCUCCCUCCUCGCAGCAGGCGCUGCUCUCUCAGCAGCCUUGCUCUCCACAGUCGCCGCUUCCCCGACAGUCAUGAGCACCAUCCCGGAUCACAUCUCUGAGAACGUCCGUCGCGAGCUUUCCACUCUGCCUGCCGACCAGUACACCAUCCACGAGCGCGACAUCGGACACCAGCACAAGAAGCGAGCUCAGAUCAACGGUGUUCAAAACGAGUGCCGAGGUGACCGCUGUCUCUCGAUCACCUUUGACGAUGGACCGUACAUCUACUCGCAAAAGCUCGUCGACACGCUAGGCAAUGCUGGCAACCAGAAGGCGACCUUCUUUGUCAACGGCAACAACUACCGCUGCAUCUACGACGAUGCCUCGGUGCGGGCGCUGCGAUAUGCCUACGAGCGUGGCCACGAGAUCUGCUCUCACACUUGGAGCCAUCCCAACAUUGCCAACCUCAACAACCAGCAGCUGGACCGACAGGUGCAGCUCGUUGAAGAUGCGCUCUGGAAGAUCCUCGGUGUUGUGCCUGCGUGCUUCCGCGCUCCGUUUGGCAGCAUUCGCGCCGACCAGGUGCGCUACCUCAACGACAGGUGGGGCGUCGUCGUGGUUGGCUGGAACAGGGACACCAACGAUGCCAAUGGCGCAGGAACCCAAGCCGGCCUCAACCUGUACAGGAACCUGCGUGCUCCUACCAAGGCCAUCGUGCUCAACCACGAGACGGUCCCCGGCACCCCCAACACCGUCAUCCCCCAGGCUGUCAACAUUGUGCGCCAAAAUGGCUACGUCGGCAGUCGCACCACCGCCAGCACGCUCUUCUACAACCCGUAUAAAGUCACCGGUCGCUACGGCAACAGGGACGGCUCGUGGACCUGCGCAGGCAAGCCCGCUCCCGGCGGCGUCUAA